AGGCUGGCAGGCAGGUAGGCAGGCAGCGCCGCCAAGAUGUCGACCCCGGCCGUGCCGACGGAGCUCAAGCAGAUCAGCCGGGUGGAGGCGAUGCGCCUGGGGCCCGGCUGGAGCCACUCGUGCCACGCCAUGCUGUACGCCGCCAACCCGGGGCAGCUCUUCGGCCGCAUCCCGAUGCGCUUCUCGGUGCUGAUGCAGAUGCGCUUCGACGGGCUGCUGGGCUUCCCCGGCGGCUUCGUGGACCGGCGCUUCUGGUCGCUGGAGGACGGGCUGAACCGGGUGCUGGGCCUGGGCCUGGGCUGCCUGCGCCUCACCGAGGCCGACUACCUGAGCUCGCACCUGACCGAGGGCCCGCACCGCGUCGUGGCGCACCUGUACGCGCGGCAGCUCACGCUGGAGCAGCUGCACGCCGUGGAGAUCAGCGCGGUGCACUCGCGCGACCACGGCCUGGAGGUGGGGCCGCCGCCCGGGACCCGCCCCCCGCCCCGGGGGUUGGCUCUGGCCCCGCGGAAGGCACCGAUGGGUGCUGGGGCUGGUGAGGGUCCCACUCUACACGCAGAAGGACCGAGUGGGCGGCUUCCCCAACUUCCUGAGCAACGCCUUCAUCAGCACAGCCAAGUACCAGCUGCUCUUUGCCCUCAAGGUGCUCAACAUGAUGCCCGAGGAGAAGCUGGCUGAGGCGCUGGCCGCAGCCACCGAGAAACAGAAGAAGGCGCUGGAGAAGCUGCUCCCAGCCCCCUCAUCUUCUUGAGGUCGCUCAUGACGCCCAGGCGUCGUCACUGUCCCUGCUGUGCCCGGCCCCUCUCCUCAUGCGUGUUUGCUGGCAUGCUUCGUGUGCGUGCCCUGUUCGACCCCUGGUCUGGACAGUGGGCAUUCGCCUAGGUGUGCCGGCCUUUCCUCCCACGCAACUCACCUUCUUGUAUGCCAGUUCUUCCAAGCUGGUAGAAGCCCGGGGCUCAUGUUUUCUGGCAGGUAGUGGAGUCAGUUCGACCCCAUGGAGGAACACCGUGUCCAGGGGACUCCACCCUGCCCCACUGUGGCUGCUGCUGACUUUGCUGCAUCUUGCCCAUGCGGUCUCUGACGAGGCUGCAGACCAGCUCUGCCCUGUUGGGCUCUUCCCCAGGCCACAGACCAGCUGGAGAGGGCAUUGUUGCAAGGAUGGAGAGUAAAGUUGUUCACUGCU